AUGCAAUGCCAAAUCUCAAUUCUCAAGUUUUCAAUUGAAAUAUUCUUCAAGAAUCUUGAUUUGGACAUGAAGACAGGGUUAGGAAAAUUGAAGGAAACCCUUAUUUCUGUUGCUUCACCUCAACAAAAUACUGUAAAUCAAGGUGAAUUACCACAUAUAUUAUACCAGAUAAGAAACUCUCAAUACCAUGGUUUGAAUAAUGCAAGUGAAUCCCUUGAACAUGCCUUCAUUGAAGAAGCUGAUGUUAUGGGUGUUUUAGGAAUGUCCAAAAGGUAUUUAUUUGCUUAUAAUUUUCUGAUAAGUGCUAAUAUUUAUGUUGAUGUCGAGAAAGAUUCGUUCACUUUUCUCAUUUGA